AACGGCGGCUUGAACGUUCAGUAACGGAGCGCAUCACACUGAAAGUGCACAAACGUCGUGCAGUACUUUUGAAAACAGGAAGUUAGCGUAAAACUGUGCUAGCGGAAGUAGUUCUCUACAACUGCGGGCCGAAAAGAAAACAAACAGGCAACGCCACGAUCGGGACUUGAUCACAAGGAUGGCUUCAUGUAGUACAAGCAAUGAAGAUGAGCGCAAGCUGCGAGAAUGUGAGGUCUAUGUUCAGAAGCACAACAUUCAGCAGGUGCUCAAAGACUGCAUUGUCCAGCUGUGCACAGCCCGGCCCGAACGACCGAUGGCAUUCCUCAGGGACCUCUUUGAGAGACUGGAGAAGGAGGAGGUCCAGCAGAUGACGUUACAUCAAAAGUCCAUGGACUCCCGUGAAGAGGAAGUUUCUCCACCAAUGAAUCCUGUGGUGAGGGGCAGGAGCAGGAGAGGGGCCAUUAGUGCUGAAGUUUACACGGAGGAAGACGCUGCUUCCUAUGUCAGAAAGGUCAUUCCAAAAGACUACAAGACUAUGGCAGCUCUGGGUAAAGCCAUGGAGAAGAACAUCCUCUUUGCCCACUUAGACAGCAAUGAGAGAAGUGACAUAUUUGAUGCCAUGUUUUCUGUCAACUACAUUGCUGGAGAAACAGUCAUCAUUCAAGGUGAUGAGGGAGACAACUUCUAUGUUAUUGACCAGGGAGAGAUGGAUGUGUAUGUGAACAAGGACUGGGUGACCAGCAUUGGUGAGGGUGGCAGUUUUGGCGAGCUUGCUUUGAUCUAUGGGACCCCUCGAGCAGCUUCUGUCCGUGCUAGGUCCAAUGUCAAGCUGUGGGGCAUCGACAGAGACAGUUACAGGAGAAUACUCAUGGGGAGCACACUAAGAAAGCGCAAGAUGUAUGAGGAGUUCCUGAGCAAAGUUUCGAUUUUAGAGUCUUUGGACAAAUGGGAGCGCCUGACUGUUGCUGAUGCCUUGGAGACAGUGCAGUUUGAGGAUGACCAGAAAAUUGUUGUGCAAGGAGAGCCUGGUGACGAGUUUUUCAUUAUCUUGGAGGGGACAGCAGCAGUGCUGCAGAGGCGGUCGGUGGAUCAGGAGUUUGUGGAAGUUGGCAGACUUGGACCAUCAGAUUACUUUGGUGAGAUUGCCCUACUGAUGAACCGGCCUCGUGCCGCCACUGUUGUUGCAUGUGGACCCCUCAAGUGUGUCAAACUGGAUCGGCCACGGUUUGAGAGAGUCCUUGGCCCCUGCUCAGACAUCCUAAAGAGAAACAUCCAGCAGUACAACAGCUUUGUUUCCCUCUCUGUCUGAGCCUCCUUCCUCUUGUGUCAGAUACACCGACAGAGGUCUGGUUCAUUUUGUAUUUUACCUCUCUUUCCAAUAUACUUGGAACUGCCUUGUUACAAAAAGAUUUACUACUACUUGGUACUUGGGAUACCGUUCAUAGCUUUGCAGGAGUUGCUCUAAAUUAUUAUUUUAUAUAUAGUAUCGCUACGGGCAGAAUCCUCACUUCUCCUAAACCAGCAUUUUUUAGGAAACAAAAAAAUUGCAUGUUUGUUGAGCCACAUUAGCACAUCAAGUUGUUUUUUUUUAUAUAGCCCUUAAUCACAAAACAUAAAUGGUUAUAAAGGAACCUCACAAGCCUACAGUUACAGAGUUCGCCAUCCACUGGUCUAAUGAAAAUUUCCUAAAACCUGUUUUGGAAAAAGGAAGGAACCUUGAGAAGGGAAAUCAGAAGAAAUAAAAGCUAUUCAAUGUUUAAACAGCAAGGGAGUUCAUUUAAGGAUAUGAAGUGUAGCUGGUUGACCCAUCUGGGGAAGUGUUCCUCCUCAGGUUUUGUCCUGUUCUAUCGAUGCAGAAUCAUCCACGGCAACAGUGACAGCCUCAUUUUUCUCAUCGCCACCUAGCCGAAGAAAAAGGAAAUAAGAGAAGCGACAGUAAAACAGGCCAAAAUUCUGUCAGUGUAUGAGAAGGCCAAGAGAAUAGUUCUAUACUGGGUGUGGUUUAACCAAAUGCAAGAGUGUAGAAAUAAGGAGAUUUAAACAUUUCUAGAGUUAUAGUGGAUAUAAAGAGUCUGUACACCACUAUGCAAAUGCCAGGUUUUUGCAAUAUGGAAAAUGUGACUAAGACAAAUCAUUUAAAAACUUUUUCCAUCAAUAAUAUUAUCUAUAGCCAGUGCAGCUCAAUUAAAUUUAAAGAAAUAUAUCUUUGAGAGGGGAAGUAUAAAUUAAAAAACUGAAAUAAUGUGGUCGCACAAGUGCGCACACCCUCUUGUAAACCUCAUCAGACCAUAACACAGGUGUGUCAAACUCAUUUUUGUCCCAGAUUUGGCCCCCGGCCCUUGAGUUUGACACCUGUGCCAUAACACAUUUUCCCACAUAUUUGGAAGAUUUUGUUAUGGUUGAAUGAAACCAAAGUUGAACUUUUUGAUCAUGAUUACAGGUAUGUUUGGCACAAACACAAUACUGCUGAUCACCAAAGAAUCCUACACGUACAGUACCUCAUGGUGGUGGCAGCAUCUUGCUUUGUUGGUGCUGUUUUUCUUGAGUUGGAACUGGCACCUUAGAUAAGAUGAAUGGAAUUGUAAAAUGUUCCAAAUACCAUUCAGUGUAAGCACAACACCUUCAUGCUUUUGCUAGACAGCAAAACAUGUCAGUCAAGGCCUGCUAGAGCAUCUGUUUUUUUGGGGGGGCGGUUAAUCAUAGGUACGUUAAAUGGUGGCAAGUAUGUGCUCCCAUUUACUCUAACAUGGUUUAAAUGUGAAUGAUUAAUUCUAACCACUGCAGCAUCCCAGUUAUAUAGUGGAAUAACCUUGCUAUCAGUCACAAUAAUGGUGGAAAAAGGUUUUAAGGUUUAGUCCUAUUUUUAUAUAUCACUAAAACCUGACAUUUGAACAGGGGUGUGUAAAAUAUUUAUAGCCACUGUAGCUGCUCUAAUUUCCAUGGGUUUGGCAUCCCAGAGUAUUGUAGCCCAAAUUGAGCAUAAUCUAGAAUCUGAUAACUUCUUUUUAAAAGAAGACCAUGUUGUGAGCGUAAGGCUCGGAUGGAACAUAAGGUAUCACUAAGUAAGGGAGAUAGUAAAGUCCUAAGGCAUGUAAUAUUUUAUGGGUAAGUAACAAAACUUAAACUAAUGUUUUAGGAGGACUGCAGUGAACAAAGUUGAGUCAUAUACACUAUAACCCCCAACAUUUAUUUGCAAAGUCACUUUGGGAAAUGAUACUUUUAUCAAAAUUCAGAGUGGUAUACUUAAACUGGUGCCUUUGAAAACCUUUGAAAAUAAGUAUACAACUAAAUUGAAUAGUCAAGAAAAAUAUGCAGUUUAAAUUAGAGUACAACAAAUACAUACUGUGCCAUAAAAAUGUUUUGGUCCCCUUCUCAAAUUCUUUCACACUGGGCCAGUAGCUUUGAAUAGUUUUUCUUCCCUUAAUAAAUAAAAUCAUACGGACCACCUAAAGGGAUAUGGGGAAAAAACAAAAAUAAACUUUUUUCUCAUUGGGAUGAGAAACUUUCUCAUCCUAACGAGAAACUUUCUCAUUAGAGAAGGAAAACUUUCUCAUUAAAAGGGGUGUCAAACUUAUUUUUGCCGUGGGCCACGUUGUAGUUACGGUUUCCCUGAGAGGGCCAUUAUAACUGUGGAGCCACCUACAUGUAAAUGGUUUAUUACCUCAUAUUAUUGCAUAGACAGAACAAAUUGAAGGAUAACCAAUUUUGAAAUCAGAAGUCAAGGAUAUAGGGUUGUUCAGUUAGUGUUAAAAAAAGGCGGGGGGAUUGGUAACAAAAAAAUGCUUGCAAUAUUUUAACAUUACAUAUUACAUAUGACAAUUUGAAAUUUGGUACAGAUUUUAGCAAGAAUCAUGGAAGUUGAUACACAUGGUUUUCUUUUGCGGGACACAUAAAAUUAUGUGACGGGCCGCAUCUGGCCCCGCGCCUUUUGUUUGACACCUGUGCAUGAGAACGAGAAAAUUUGUCAUCCUAAUGAGAAAGUAUAGCAGGUAACUAAGCUACCGUGCACAGGUAGAGGUAUCUCAUCCUAAUGAGAAACUCUCGUUAGAACGAGAACACUUUUUCAUCCUAGCGAGAAAGUAUAGCAGGUAAAUAAGCUACCACGCACAGGUAGAGGUGUCUCAUCCUAAUGAGAAACUCUCGUUAGAACGAGAACACCUUUUCAUCCUAGCGAGAAAGUAUAGCAGGUAAAUAAGCUACCACGCACAGGUAGAGGUGUCCCAUCCUAAUUGGAAACGUUCUCGUUCUGACGACAAACUUUCUCGUUAGAACAAGAAAGUUUCUCGUUAGGAUGAGGUUUCUCGUCCUUAUAAGAAACAUGUCCCUCCCCCAUGUCCCUUUACGGGCUACAUAAAAUCGGAAUUUCAUCACAAAAACUGCAUUUUAUGUUUACAUGGGUUAUAUUUGUCUGAUAUUGACAUUUGUUUGAUGAUCUUAAAGUGGAGAUAGUAUGCAAAAAUCUUUUUAGAAGGGGGCCAAUACUUAGACCAAAGACUGAAUACGAUUUACACAGUUACAGUAUACUUGUCACAGUAUAGACUCUGGGUUAAGUGAAAAGAUGGAAAUUUGCAGGAUAGAAAUUGCUCAUAAAAUCUAAAGCAAAACGUUAAAGCACAUCUCGGGACAAACUGUUCUAGGAUUGAGAUGGGAUCAAAUAAUCGGCUUCAUUGUUGUGUUGGAAUUUGAUGUUAAAUAUUAUUCACACACUUGGACACACUGCUUGCAAAGCUAGAAAAAACAUACGAGGCGAGUGAAGGUUUCUUUCUGCUGAUUGUGCCUGACAACUCAAGUAUGUUAUUGUGUUUUUAUUAUUGGUGUUUAUUAAAAGAUGUGAUAGUUUCAUAUUGCUGAUGUUUUUUUUCUUUUUUCUUUUCCUUGUUUUUUUUAAAGAAGUGGUGAAUGGCAAUUCACGCAAGUGUGCUACUUUUGCCUGCAUUUCUACCUAGGCCCUAGAGCAACCAUACAGCAUCAAUCUUAAUCAAGAUCCAAUGGAUUUCUAUGCCCUGCGUGAUUUGAGGAGUUUUAAUUCAUUCAGUGCUGUUUUCUUUCUUAAUUUCAGGUUUUUUCUGCAACAUUUUAUUUAAAUUCACGUUUAAUGUUUGAGUUGUUUUUAAACAUUGCAUGUAUUAGUUUUCAUUGUUACAUUAGUAUUAGUUUUCAUUGUUACAUUCCCCUUUUCAUUGUUUCACUUGUUUUGAAUAGUAGUGAAUAGCGAAUUAAUUAAAACAAUUUAAUCUUA